GGAGUUGCUUCUUCUUGUAAACAUGCGGUAACUUCUCGUAGACGGACAGUUUCCGCCCCAAGUGAGGUCGGCAGGGUCAAGUCGCAAGCCAACCUCUGGUUAUUAACAGGGUAAUUAUUUCCAUCCAUGAAUAUUACGUUGCUAUUAUCAUCAUCAUUAUCAACACGAAGUUGAUGCAGUUAUCCUCGUUUUAAGCAGAGGCCACUUCUUGUCCAAUGCUUUCCCAGCCGCCUCUCAUGUUAGCAUCUUGUCCAAACCUGCCAGAAACGUCAUUUCGUUCCUCUGUCGGACUUUAUUUGACAAACAAACCAGGUCAUGAGGAACUAUCGACUUAGCAAUCAAAUCACCUAUCGUUCAGUCACCUGCCGGCAGGUUGCAACAAACAAGAUCGUCGAUUGUCAUAUAUCAAAAAAAAGAAUAAUUGUGAGAGUUUCAGUAUAAAUUUGACUCCAGUCUCCUUUUGUAAACAAAAACCCGACGGGCGACUUAUUAGUGAACGUGAUUGAUUAGCAAGAAGCAAAAAUGGACGGAUCACUUCUGGGGUACAGAGUAGCCAAUAAUUACCGACUGCAUCAACAGCCGCACGUUACAGCUUGUGCUAGUCGCUACCCAUGGAAAGUCCUUGUCGAUCAUCUGUCUGUCACCAGUCUAGAAUACAGAACACUGUAUCCGUACUUCGUACCAACUUAGCCUUCGGGUCCGAGCUGUUAUAGGUGCUAGCAGACACACAUCUGACUCAAUAAAAGAAGAGUCAUGAUAUCCAAGCGGACUGUCCAGUUGUGCAGGUCCUGUUUCUACUACGCAGUACUCUUCGUUUUAAUAUGACAGGGUUUCCUUAUGGUCACUAGCUCUAUGAGUCGGAAUUUCACUCCAGACGGUCGACCAACAGUCCAUUCACGAUGCUGUACGUUUUGAGUUCGUGCUUCAAAGGAACACUUGGGCCUUCACUGUCACAAGCUGUGUCAUGAUGACGAUCUUCAGCAGGACGUUAAGCACUGCCAUAUGUUCACACAACCCUGAUGAUCCCCCUCAAGUGCCGAUAAGCAGAAUCCUCAGUUGAAAUAAUGUAGUAUAAUGCGAAUCUCCACAACGUGUCUCAUAUGACGCUGUAUUCUUGGCGAGAUUUGAUGGAACUCCGAAGGACAGACGCAGGCACGGCCCAGGCGCGACAAUUUGGAUUGACCAGGGUCUUUUUAUUCUACUUCUUCUACGACUCCUUCCAAUAUUGGACACGAUUUAUUAGAUACAGACUCCGCUCAAUACAGCCCGGGCCUUCCAGCGGUUCUUACAUCUCUUAAUGAGAUUCGCUAACAGCUAACGUUCAUUAUUAAAUUAGAAUGCACCCAGGCGAUGACACUGGAUACCUUAAGCGUCGAUGAAAUCAGACAGAUGUGAAGCCACUCUAGUGACAAUCCAGAAGCUCCUUCAUUCAUUUUGGGCCAAGCCACGCUUUGACUGUCUCACAGCGAGCGAGCGUUAACCCGACCAAAAUUUUCAAUUACCGGUCUGCCACUUUAUUCCAGUUCUUGCUUCGAAAGCCAAGCCGCGAAUGGAAGUCGAAGCACAAUCCUCAGCUUCUAUGCUCUCGUGCUGACCGACAAAAUUGACGCUCCUCACCACGCAUGAAUACUUGGUCACGAUGAAGCAACGGUCGUCACCGCUUCUUGUUCCCUUCACCUAUGGAUGGAUACGGUGAAUCUCUUCCUCGGCCAGUGGACCCAUCUAUCGUCACAGGUAGAUUUAUACACAUGGAGCACGAUGCACCUAAAAUUGACUUUCUCCGUGGCAUCAUACAUAUACGUGACCAUGCGUUAUCUUACCCUAAUGUUCUUUCAAUCGUCCCCGAGUAUCAUGAUUAAGGUAUUUAUCCAUGUGGUUGGAAAAGCAGGGACCCGGGGCAUGUUCACAUGGUUACUGUCACUUAUUCGAGGACCAUCCGUCCCCCUGGCCAGAGAAAAAGCUUCUGGAACAUCGAAUGGCCUUAUCUCCCUCCACCAAGACCCCAUCAGCAACUGGGGACGGAUGCAUAUAGUUAACUAAUGGACACUUCGCCCGUUGCCCGAGACUACUGGAAAGGGCAAUUAGUCUGUCGGUAAGAGCAGUGUCCGUAGUGUCCUGCAUAUGAGGUGCAUGAGGCUACAUCUAUCGCUAAGUUUUUGGGUGUUUCUUUUGGGACAUCCCUGACUGUACACGGGUUAAUCCAGGGAGGAUAUUGUCGAUGAACAGAUAUUACCGCCGACUCAAAGGCGCGCUGAAUCUGACUCGCCGAACGAUUCAAGACCGCUUGCUCCGUAAUAGCCUCGACUUGGCUGUCAAAUCGGCCGAGGGGAUCGCAUGUAUGUACAUCUGGAGAGAAUCAUCCCACAGCCAAGUAUCUCUACCUGUACCUUGCAUGGCACCGCACCUGGGAUUGAUACCCCUGGAUACAAAGCCCUUACUGUAACGUCGCCUGCUAGCAUUCAUGGUACUUUCGUCAGUGAGCCCGUCGGACACGGCUGGUUGUAUCUGCGCUAGGUGGGCAUUCAUGCCCAACAUUUGCCUCUCGUCAAACAAGACACAAAUUCGAUAUCGAGCCAGAAAAGACAUACAUGUCCAGGGAGCACUCCCGUCUCCAUGCUUCCGAGUCCAAUUGUGGCCAACAUGGAGAAGGGUGUGUGCCCAGUUCGACUCGACGGAAUAGUUUUCUUUAAUGCCACUGUGCGUUACGAUCCCUCAGUUGAAAUGUCACACCGGCUUUUCUGCCUGUCUUCGGCAUGUUAUCCGCUUGGAAUCGCCAGUUGGUCCAGCCCUGCUUCUCGAGUAAAUUAACUUCAUGUCCCGGCCAAACUAUUGGUCUAAGGAUUUAUCUUCUUGACUGUGCUACUUUUGUAGCACGGAUCUCAAGAUCAAUUGCUCAAAGCUCGGGCGACGUCAGAGGCGUGUCAAUAAUCAGAGUGAUAGUCCACAGAGCAGCGAAAUACCUAAACUACAUGUCACAAUUAUUACUGGCUACCAAGGUUGCUGGCAAUUUGCCAUCAACCCAGUCGUUGGCGAGCUCAGGUGUCAAACCCUGGUUGAAAACGGUGGGAGACGACCUCUCUUCAGAGCUUUCCAGAUCGCCGGGACGACGCUAAUGGAUUAAUAACUCCCUUGGGGUUCGUCUGGGAACGUUGGCGUCGCUGAAUGCGACGUCAUGUGUAUGCGAAGGCAGUGAAGCGAUGCAGGGGGGUCGCGCCAGACAUGGGUAACCGUAUGAGUGCGUUGCAGUGCUUACACUGCUGAGCGGACAUGAAUGUUAGUCAGUAGGUCUAAAUCAGUGACGUCUCUACUGUAGGACACUCACUACCUUACUGUAAGGUUUGAGAGGCGGUACGGUACGGUACCAUUGGCGAAAGUAGACGAAGACAAGCCACCACACACCGACAAACCACGACGGGCACCGACAACAUGGAACUGGGUCAAGCUGACCUCUCAUAGCCGUCACCGACUCGGCAGCAACAGGGGGGAGUAAACGACUGGAAGAAAAAGCAAAAAAAAACCACGGCAACGAGUCAGUCACGGCUCGUCGGCGUCCCCAAGUGACCCGGAGGUCAGACACAAUUCACAACUUGAAAGGUUAAGAGGCUCGGAGCCGCCUGCGGGCCGGUGCGGACGCGGAAUCGGCUUCUUCACUUUCCGUACGCUACCUAAGUACAUAGUAUGAUCUUAGUGGACUGGCCAUCUUCAUUUGAAGGCAUCGUAGAUGCUCGCGGUGAUGGAGCAGCGCUAGAACAAAAUAAGUGCAAGAUUGUGACCUCCAAUCGCAUUGGAUCUAAAAGUAUCCCCAAAGGGGCAAAUCCUUCUUCUGACGAGCCACGCGCCACACUAUUCGUAUGCUUAUUUAGCACUUCUCCUCUCACUCUCCCUUACGCCGGUCAGAAUAAGCUAGCCGUUUCGUGAAGCUCAUUCAUUCAUACAGCAGAGUAACAUGCAGAUACAGAUGAUCCUCCCACAACUUAAUGACACCUCGCUUAUUUCUAUGUGUUAUUCUUGGUUGCCCUGAAACCUUCUUGGAGCUUUCCUGCCCUUGCUUGAAACUCAGCAAAGCAGGGGGCGGCCAAUUCUUGAAUCGAAUCGAGACCCAUUCAAGCCGCUGGAGGCUGAGACAUUGCAGGUGCCGUGUCCAUGUCGUCGGUGACAGCAGAAGCCGUCGCUUCAGCAUGUCAUCGCCUUCCUUGCUCGGCCGCCAGGCCCAAGAUGGCUCUACGCCGUGGUGGUAUUCACCAGUGUUCACCACUCACCACUCACCACUCACCAGUUGUUCCUCUUGGCAGGUAAACAAACUUGAAUCGUUAUUGGGGGUGACAUUGGGGGGCUUGUUUACAAUACGAGCUGUGUUCUUGAUGCUGAUGCCCCCAUAGUUUUCAAAUCUACGUUGUUACCCUACAUUUCAUAGCUACGACAAAGGGUUCGCAAACCCAUACCUAUUCCAGUGAUAGUUGCUAUUAGGCGCAUUCCACCGUCUUUUCUUCGUUGUUCUAGAAGACUGACUAUUUAUGACCUGUCAGCUCUGUUCAGCUACCCCGAAUACAGUCCUGGUAUUGACGCCUCC